UCCGUCAAUUGUGACUUUUUCCGAAGCUGCAAAGGGUCAGCAGCGGGUUAAAUGGGCCAGUUAAGCCUCCAUCAUGGGUUAUAAUCAAUCGCCCUAUAGCUAGCUCUAAGCUAAAAGCACGCGUUUUAAACCGAGUGUAUUAGUUUGUAAAAAAUCUCGUGUGUAAAUGUUCGGCUCAGGUUAAUUAUGAUGGAUAUAAUGUGGUGUAGAAAAAAAGUGUGAUAAUUUCAUUUCUAGCGGCUAUGGCUGUCCAGUAGAGUGUUAAACCAAUCAGUUAAUUCGUUUUAAUUAGUAUUUCGCGUUAAUUUACUAUUUAGUUCGAUUCGCCCGUGGAAACCCAUCAUGGUCAAAGAAAAACCAAAUUCCAUCCGUAUUUACGACGAAGAAGGCUUCCGGCGACGUGCGGCUUGCAUUUGCGUCCGCUCCGAUGCCGAGACUGAGGUCCUGCUGGUGACGUCUUCUCGCAGACCGGAAAAAUGGAUCGUUCCGGGGGGCGGCGUCGAGCCGGAAGAAGAGCCGAGCGUGACCGCCACCAGAGAGGUCCUCGAGGAGGCGGGCGUCAUCGGCAAGCUGGGACGUAGCUUGGGAGUUUUUGAAAAUUUAGAACACAAAGACAGGACUGAAGUGUAUGUCAUGACAGUAACUGAAGAAUUAGACGAAUGGGAAGACUCAAAGACCAUAGGAAGGAAGCGACAGUGGUUCACGAUAGAAGAGGCUCUAGAACAGCUCGCGCUGCAUAAACCGGUGCAACGCAAUUACCUCCAACAGUUACGACGCUCGAAACUAACAUGAGAUUUGUUUUAUUAUUAAAAACACUGUUACUGUCAAACAUGUGCUUGAGGUUUUAUGGGUUUAUUUAUUAAAGAAAAUUCGACUAUAUGUAAGAUAUUGAAUUCGAUUUUUUCGUAGUUUUCUGCAACAAUAAUGCUCUCGGUUUUAGUGAGGUAUUGUUCUUUUUACGCCGUUCUGUUUACAAAAUUCAUUUAAAUUUAAGACUAUUAUAGUACUUUCUUAUUGUUUUGUUGCCUUUUGUUAUAACCUGAAUAUCAGAACAAUAAAAUGUUACUUAAUACCGA